AUUCCCGCCUCAGCAAGCAAUACCAUUGAUCCGACCUAAGACCGGACAUGGUGGCGCAGGGUCCAUGAUAAUAUCCUUCGUGACCGAUGUUUUGCUUGCACGUCCCCGAUAAUUAUUCAUAUGAAGCGUUUGUUAUGUCAGUUUUAUUGGUCUACGUUGUGUCGUUGCCGGCGUCCAGCCGAUCGUUUUCUCAUUCGCGUGUUCGUCGCCAUUGGAGCCCAUUUGGCUCAAGCAGCUCUGUACCCAGCCAUGGACGAUGGUUGUAUGCAAUGACCUCUGGGAUGGACAUUGACGCAUAUGAUACUCUCGGUAUAGGUCUUGAUGCUACCGAGGAUGAAAUCAAAAAGGCGUUCAAGAGAAAGUCGUUGUUGCAUCAUCCGGACAAGGUGGGCGCGCUGAGCGGCAGAGCGAAGACAGACGCCGAGGAAAGGUUCAACGCGGUCAAGCUCGCCAAGGAUAUACUGUCCGAGCCCGAGCGAAAGAAGCUGUACGACACAUUCGGGGUCGACCUGGGCGAGGAAAAGCCAGAGGACUCGAUCUGGACGAUGGGCAUGGAGGCGCUGUUCAAGCCCGUGUGGAACUUCUUUUACGUCACGGCCCUCGUACGCGGAGCCCUCUGGAUCAUCAGCUUCACAUGGCCUGGGCGACUCUUGCUCCUCCUCGGCGCCCUGACGGGCCUGCUGUGCGCGUUCGACGUCACUAUCAAGGACUGGCAUUUUCGAUCACCCGAGGUGCUCACUACCCUCGUCCUGCCGAUAGGCAUUAUCGACGUAUUGAUUGUGCUCUCUGCAGUCUGGACGUUACUGUCAGACGCAUUGGGCAUCUUCUAUCUCGUCUCCCAGAUUGUCGGGGUGCCGAUGCUCGUCGAGAGGUGGAAGAUCGGAGCAGGCGUUGGAGUCGCAAGCCUGGUGCUGGCUAGGUUAGCACAGGGCUGGUGGUUCUGGAUUCUGGGCUUUGAAGCCUUCAUCGCGAUGGUGGUGUUCAUCUCGUUGUUUAUUGCGUAUUUUGUCGUGAACAUGUGGACACAUGAAAUCCAGAUGCAACGCGGAGAUGCACUUCGCGCGUGGCGUCUCAACAUGCGGAAGGGGAGAAAGAGCCUUGAGGACGAGAUCGAUAGUUUGAAGACGCAACUAAAUGAGGCAAAAGCAGCUCGACGGUAGAGCUGACGCACAAAGCAGUAGCAAUGCGGGCGCCGCCGUUUGCCUAAAAGCGCACGUAGGUGCCUUGUUUGCAGGAGGCUAGACGCGGUAGGCAAUAUUGCAUGCGCCCUCGUACGGCUCACACGGCCGAGUAUCACCAAAAGGCUUAGUUCUAAUGUAAGAAUGUUAUGCAGCCAGCCCCCCGCCUCUGGUGAAUUUGCGGAUUGACAACAGUUUGAUUGGAAAUGCGUGCAAGCUCGUUCGGAUCAGUCCUAAGGCAAGUUUUACAUUUAUCGCGCAAUGUUGGGGCACCCUCGAAUGUCCUUCAGUUUGGGCCGGCAGAUGGUCUCACGGGCUCGUGUCUCACGCUCUCAAGGUCCGGCUGUACAGUCGGGGCCCUGAAGAAGGAACCCUUUUCGUUGGGGAGGGG